AUGUUCAAUAUCAUUAGACCAAGAUUAGUACCGUCUCUAAAGAACAGAUUUUAUCAUUCGUCAAGUCAUCCAGGUACAAACAAUAUAAUAAAUGAAAAUAUAAUAGAGUCACGAAUAUUAAAUAAAGCAGUAGAAUAUAUUCCAAAAUAUGGAUUCAAUUCAACAAAACCUAUAAUAAAUGCUAUAAAGGACUUAAAUUACUCAGAUUCUAUAACAUCCUUAUUCACAUCCAAUCCUAAUGGAAAUUCACUCCCAUUUCAAUUAACUUUAUAUUGGUUAAAAUUAAAAAGAUUAGAAUUAGAUAAUUUCGCUAAAACAACAACUUUAGAAAACAAUCAAUAUCUGAAUCUACAAAAAUUAAUAAUAGAAAGAUUGUCAUAUAAUGAACCAGUUAUAUCAAAAUUACAAGAAGCAAUGAGUCUUUUAAUUUUACCAUAUAACAUAACACAAUCAAUUGAAGAAUUAAUGGAAUUAAGUGAUGAUUUAACUUAUUAUUCAGGUGAUAAAUCAAAUGAUUUUAAUUGGUAUUCAAAAAGAUUUUGUAUUGGAUCAAUAUAUUUAAAAAGUGAAUUAUUUAUGUUGAAAGAUACAAGUUAUAAUUUUGAAAUGACAAAAUUAUUUGUUAAUGAAAAAUUAAAAGAAUAUGAAAAUUUAAGUAAUGGAAUUGUUAAUUUUGAACAAUGGUGUGAAUUCAAUGCUAUUGGAUUAGUAAAUUUGAUUAAAUCUCAAUUGAUUAGAGGAUAA